CUACGAUGCGACGCUAAACUAAACAAUAAUAACAAAACCGUGCGUGAAGAGUUCGUUUGUUUGUUGAACUUUGUUGGUUAGGUAAUCUUUAAAACAAAGACGUAUUUUUGUGAUUUUGUGUAAUAUUUAUUUUAUUUGGCGGUAUUACGGUUGUCAGUGACAGACUGUUAGAUGACUUUGAUUGAUUGAUGUAUUUAGUGCUUCCAACUUGUAUUCGCGGGUGUAUAUGCGUGCGGUGCAUAAAGUUUAUUCGGUGUAGUUGGCGUAGCACAUAUUUUAUUUGGUUUGUUCGAAUUGAGAUUCUUAGAACUAUGUCUAGUAUAAAUUAUACUACCCGUACCGAAGGACAAACCAAAAUAAACACUAUAAUAUGGACAGUGCCAAAUUUUAUUAUUCUGUUGGAAAACAAAACUAAUAGAGAGUUUCGUACCGAAAAAUCUAAGGAUCCUACUACUGAUUUGUCGGAAUCAAGAUUCCAGUUGAAGAUGCAAUUCCUAGGAAGAGAUAAUGACAUCAUAGAAAUCUACUACCUGUCCCCAACUCCUGUGUUCUUGAAGUCUGUCUUAACCAUAUGUCUGAAACGUUUCGAAGAGCGGUCGAUAGUAAUUAAAGAGUAUCACACUGUACAGGCAAAUAAAUGGCAGUACUUAGCAACAUUAUUCAAACGAGACAUAGCCAGUUAUGAUGGCAGAGACAUAUUCCUACUUAGUGAUGGCAGUUUGAGACUGAAAUUCCAGUUUAUGGUAACUAAUGAUAUUAAAGUGGACCGCUCUAAUAUCCCUGAGGCGCAACUGAGCAAUGAUUUUGAAAAUUUACUAAACAAUGGUUUGUUUUCUGAUGUCACUAUGAAAUCUGUAGAAGAUGUUGAAUAUAAGGUGCACAAGGCUGUGUUAGCCAGCCGAAGUGCAGUUCUAAAGGCACAUUUUGAACAUAACACUACUGAAUGCCUUACUAAUAUUGUUGAAUCUCCAUUAGAGUCUGAGGUAUUGAGAGAAGUCUUGACUUUCAUAUACAGUGACAAAGCUCCAAGGGUGGAUGAAAUACCAGAGAAGUUGUUGGCUGCUGCAGACUACUACCAACUAAGCAGACUGAAGAAUCUCUGUGAGGAAGCUCUGCAUAAGAAAUUAACAGUGGAAAAUGCAAUAGAAACCUUACAACUGGCCGAUCUUCACUCUGCCAAUACUCUGAAGCAACUCACACUUGAGUUUAUAAAGGAUGGUCAGGCAAAACUCAUAACAAAGACUGAAGGUUGGAAUAAAGUGAAGUCUGUGGAACUAAUCAAAAGGAUUUAUGAAUACAUCAUGACUGAUGAUAUUGAUGCAGAUAUUAAGUAGUCACCUUGUUACUACAGAUGUUUAUAAUAUGAUAUUAAACUUGUUGACAGCCCUUACACAUAUUGUCUUCAUAUUCUUGAUAGACUGUAGUGCAUUCCAACUUAAGUGUGAGUGAGUGUGUGUGUUUAAUUAAUGUCUUAAAUCUUAAUGGUAAAUAAGAUGAAUUUGUUAUAUUGUCAUUGUUGUUAUCGAUGCUAGAUUGUUAUUAGUGAUUAUUUAUGAGAUUGUUAAUACAAAUACUAAAUUCCUAAUGAUUUUGCCAUUAGAAUGUAAUGUAAAAGAAAUAUUAAAAUGACAGGGAGUUAAAUUGUACAAAUAAUAAAAUACCAUAUUUUAUUUUGAAAUUUUUAUUACAAUUUGAUUAACAUAGAAUUAUCAAUGGCAGCCAAUAUAGUGUAUACAUUCCUCUAUUACUUUUAUAAUAACUAUCAUGAGACAUACUAAAUUAACUAAAAUCGCGGAAUACCAGCUGCGCGACAUCGCC